UUCGGUUAUUUUUUUCCAUUCAGGCAACAUAUCAAAGCCAGAAAUAUGAACGGAAAAGAAAGAACCAAGAAAUCUAUCAAAAAGCUAUUUAAGAAGAAUGAGAUAAUAUAUCAUAGGGAAGAAAUGGUAAAAGUAAAAUUCAUAGACGACGAAGAAGUUUCCAUAAUAAAUGAACGAUCAGUGAAGACCAAACCGCUGCAAAAGACGGAACAAGAAAGCAAUAAACAAAAGAAGCAGGAGAACAAAACAUAUUCGGGGUCAAGAAGAGAAGUUCCCAAUGCACAUCUAGUAGAUAGGAAAAGAAACAUUAAAGAGAAGAAGAAAAUUAAAGUGAAAGAGGUUGAAGAAAUUCAGAAAUACUCGUAGAAGAAACGAAAUUAACUGAAAAAGGCGAAAAAGCAUCCAAUAGCAAGCAACAAAAGAGGCAAGAAAACGAAACAUACUCGAGUUCAAGAGAAGUUCCCACUGCACAUCUAGCAGAUAGUAAAGGAAGCGUUAAAGAGAAGAAGAAAAUUAAAGUGAAAGCGGUUGAAAAAAAUUCAGAAAUAGUCGUAAGAGAAACGAAAUUAACUGAAAAAUUCGAAAAAUCAGUCAAUUGCAAGCAACAAAAGAAGCAAGAAAACAAAACAUACUCAAGUUCAAGAGCAGUUCCCAUUGCACAUCUAGCAGAUAGUAAAGGAAGCAUUAAAGAGAAGAAGAAAAUUGAAGUGAAAGAGGUUGAAGAAAAUUCAUAAAUACUCGUAGAAGAAACGAAAUUAACUGAAAAAGGCGAAAAAGCAGCCAAUUGCAAGCAACAAAAGAGGCAAGAAAACGAAACAUACUCGAGUUCAAGAGAAGUUCCCACUGCACAUCUAGCAGAUAGUAAAGGAAACAUUACAGAGAAGGAGAAAAUUAAAGUGAAAGCGGUUGAAAAAACUUCAGAAAUACUCGUAGAAGAAAUGAAAUUAACUGAAAAAGGAGAAAAAGCACCCAAUUGCGAUAAAAGGAAGGAAGAGGGGGGGAAAAGGUUCAACUGUUUCAGAAAACAACGGAAGAGAAACUGGAAGGCAAAAGAAGAGUAGUAGGAGUAAAAGGAUGGUGGUUUUCAUGGAUGAUGAAGAAAAAACAAAAUCAAUUGAUUCAGAUUCCGAUACAAUCUCAGAGAUAAAGUCAAGCUCCGAAAGCUCAAAUUUUGAGCCAUAUUCAGACUAUGAAGAUGAGUUAUCUAAAAUAAAAGACAGUGCCGUCCUCCCAUCUGUUCCCCAAAAUACAAAGAGCAUUGUUGUAGUAGGAACAAACAAUGAUAUUAAAAGAAGGUGGGACAAAAAAUGUGUGUCUGUUUUGUGGUAAAUAUGCCAAAUUACCAAGGCAUUUUGAAAGUGCCCAUCAGGAGGAAGAUGAGAUAAGACGAGUUUCCCUUCUUCAUUCUGAAAAGAAAUUCUCCGAAAAAAAUAUCUGUUGAUGAAAUUAAAAAACCUCGGAAGUUACAAAAACAACUGUGAUGUUGUUCGAAAAGGUGAAGGUGAUUUCAUGGUUGUUUACCAACCCCAGAACAACACUGCGUCAUACGAUCAGUACAUUCCAUGCAGUAGCUGCUACGGCUAUUACACAAAGAAAGAUCUUUGGAAGCACAAAUGCCCUCUUGCAGAGGAAAAAAAAAGAAAUUCUCCAGUGCCUUUAGGAAAGGAAAAGAGUUACUACCCAUUCCUGUGGAUAUAGACAGUAAUAUAAAAAGUAUUCUGACAUCUAUGAGACUUGAUAAAGUUACAAACGUAAUCAAAAGUGAUGUAACAAUAUGCAAAUAUAUUGCAAAAAUGUACGCAAAAAAAGGAGGAAAUAGGGAGCACCGAAAACAGGAGAUUAGAAAUAACUCCCAAGAAGUUGCUCGCCUGGUUCUUGC